CAGCAGGUGAUUUUUUUCUGCAGCGCGCACACUCUCAGCAUCUUUUCUUGAUCACCCCCCACCCCUUGCAGAAAAGGGUGGGGCCGCCUCUCUGCAGCAGAGACGGCGGCGGCGGCUGCGGCAUCACCAGGGGUAUCGAGACGGCAGAGGCAGCUGGGCUCUCUGCUCUGUCUGGGUUGGAGGUGACCGCUGCCUAGCCCUACUAGGCGGCCCACUUGAACCAGACAUAAAGGAGACAUGAGCCUGUUUGCGGAUCCUGCCCAGUCCUCUCUCUGCGCCAUGGCUUAAGCCCACAGCCUCCCUGCCAAGCAUCUCCUCACUCGGCCGGGGUCUCCACGACACCGUAGCCGCAGGGAGGGCGCGCCCAGACGCUCUAGGCCUGGAUUCUGGAACGCCGAGCCUCGCUCACAUCUGUCGCCGGCUACAGCAGGUUCUCUGCCGAAGGCGUUUGCAGCCGGUAAUCGAGGGACUUUGCGGACUUUAUUUCAGCAGUACCUCGUCCCUGGGUGCUCUUUGAGGGAGGAGGAAGAGACAAACGGCUGCUAAGGGGAGGAAGCAGUGGGAACCACAUUGGCGGGUCUGGGUUGGGGUUAAAGGGAGACUGGAGGUUUGAUUUAGGACGACUAGAAGAGAGAGAGACGACCGGUUUUGCACUUAGCAUCAUCAUGGCGUGGCCGUGCAUCACAAGGGCCUGCUGCAUUGCCCGCUUCUGGAACCAGCUGGACAAGGCGGAUAUUGCAGUGCCGUUGGUUUUCACCAAGUACUCGGAGGCCACCGAGCAUCCAGGAGCCCCGCCGCAGCCGCUAGCGCCGCUGCAGUCAGCGAUAGCGCCCCCCUCGCGCGCUGUCGCCAUAGAGACGCAGCCGGCCCAGGGCGAGUCGGAUGUAGUUGCCCGGGCAACAGGGCCAGCGCCCGGGCCCAGCGGCGACCGCGAGACUGCAACCGCCCACGGCCGGAGCGGGCUGGGUCUGGGCGCGGCCUCUGGCUCCACUUCCGGCUCAGGCCCCGCGGAUUCGGUGAUGCGACAGGACUACCGCGCUUGGAAGGUGCAGCGGCCAGAACCAAGCUGCCGGCCGCGCAGCGAGUACCAGCCCUCCGACGCGCCCUUCGAGCGCGAGACCCAGUACCAGAAGGACUUUCGCGCCUGGCCACUGCCCCGCCGCGGGGACCACCCCUGGAUCCCCAAGCCGGUGCAGAUCCCUUCGACAUCGCAACCUUCCCAGUCUAUUCUUGGGGUACCCAAGCGUCGGCCGCAGAGUCAAGAGCGCGGGGCCAUGCAGACCUCUGUCGAAGCCCGGGACCCGGAAGGCGCUGGAGGAGCCGGGGUGCCGGCGGCGGGAAAGGCGUCCGGUAUAGACCAGCGCGACACACGCAGAAAGGCUGGGCCCGCGUGGAUGGUGACUCGCAACGAAGGGCAUGAGGAGUCGCCUCUGCCCCCGGCCCAGUCCCUGACCCAGGAGGGCGGCCCUGCAGCUGGAAAGGCCUCUGGUGCAGACCCCCGAGAUACACGCAGGAGGGCCGGGCCCUCGUGGAUGGUGACUCGCACCGAAGGGCAUGAGGAGUCGCCUCUGCCCCCGGCCCAGUCCCUGACCCAGGAGGGCGGCCCUGCAGCUGGAAAGGCCUCUGGUGCAGACCGCCGAGAUACACGAAGGAAGGCGGGACCGGCUUGGAUGGUGACUCGCACCGAAGGGCACGAUGAGUCGCCUCUGCCCCCGGCCCAAUCCCUGACCCAGGAGGGCGGCCCUGCAGCUGGAAAGGCCUCUGGUGCAGACCCUCGUGACACACGCAGGAGGGCCGGGCCCGCGUGGAUGGUGACUCGCACCGAAGGGCACGAUGAGUCGCCUCUGCCCCCGGCCCAGUCCCUGACCCAGGAGGGCGGUCCUGCUGCUGGAAAGGCCUCUGGUGCAGACGAGCGCGACACCAGGAGGAAGGCGGGACCGGCCUGGAUGGUGCGUCGCUCUGAGGGGCACGAGCAGACACCCUCUGCCCAUGCCCAAGCCUCAGGGCCCGAAGGUGGCAAAGGGCGCGCCGUGGCAGACGCCCUGAAUAGGCAAAUCCGGGAGGAGGUGACGAGUACAGUGAGCAGCUCCUACAGGAACGAAUUCAGAGCAUGGACAGACAUCAAGCCUGUGAAACCGAUCAAAGCCAAGCCCCAGUACAAACCCCCAGAUGACAAGAUGGUUCACGAGACCAGCUACAGCGCCCAGUUCAAAGGGGAGGCCAGUAAGCCCACUGCCGCUGAUAACAAGGCCAUGGAGCGCAGAAGAAUACGAAGCCUCUACAGCGAGCCUUUCAAGGAAUCCCCGAAGGUAGAGAAACCUAGUGUUCAGAGUUCCAAACCAAAAAAGACCUCAACGAGCCAUAAGCCCCUGAGGAAGGCCAAAGACAAGCAGGCGGUAUCGGGCCAAGCCGCCAAGAAAAAGACGGCCGAGGGCCCCAGUGCCACCAAGCCCGACGACAAGGAGCAGAGCAAAGAGAUGAACAAUAAACUGGCUGAGGCGAAAGAGAGCCGGGUCCAACCCGCCAGUGACGCACAGAAUCGAGGUCCUGUAGCCAAAGAACCCCACAAGGAUCAAGGUCCUGUGGUCCCAGGGCUUUCGAAAGGCCAAGGUCCUGUGGUCCAAGAGCCGCUGAAGGACCAAGGCCCCAUGGUGCCAGAACUGUCAAAGGAUCACGGUCCCGUGGCCCCCGGGUCCAUAAAGGAUCAAGGCCCUCUACCCCUGGCCCCUCCAAAGGAUCAAGGUGCUGUACUCCCAGGGCCCAUGAAGGAUCUGGGUCCGGUGGCCCCAGCACCAGUCAAGGAUCAAGACCAGGUGGCAUCCGAGCCUUUAAAGAACAAAGAUUCUGUCAUCUUAGCACCAGCCGAAGCCCAAAGCCCGUUGCUGCCGGAGCCGCUGAAGAAUCAGAGUCCCGUGGUUCCAGCCAGAGCGAAGGAUCAAAGCUCCUCAACACCAGCACUUCUCAAGGACACGGGUCCUAUGGCCCCCGAACCUGGGAAAGAGGGAACUCCCGUGGUCCCCGAGCGUAGGAAGGACCAGAAUGCCACAGUCACAGCGCCUUUGAAAAAUGAAACCCCUGAGGUCUCUGAGUCCAUGAAGAAGCAAGGCUUAGCUGACCCAGAGCCAGUCAAAGGUAUAGGUACAGAUACCGUGGUCCCCAGGCAGAUGAAGGGCUAUGAUUCCGUGUUCAUAACACCUGUAAAGAGCCAAGGUCCAGUGGCCCCUGAGCCGGUGAAGAGCCAAGACCCCAUUAUCCCAACACUAGCCAAGGAUCAAGGUCCCAUGGUCCCAGAACCUCCAAAGAAUCAAAGCCCUGUGGUCCUUGGUCCUGUAAAGAAUCAAGACCCUCUUUUCCCAGUACCUCUGAAGGGUCAGGAUCCCCUGGUGCCAGCCCCAACAAAGGACCAAGGUCCUGCGGCCCCUGACCCUCUGAAGAUUCAAGGUCCCAGAGGCCCUCAGCUGUCCACGGUGUCACCUUCACCCCCAGUCAUGAUCCCAACCGUUCCCCAUGCAGAAUAUUUUGAGGGAUCCCCUUGAUUCCCCUGAAAUGCCAUGAAGGAGCAGGCCAUGGAAGAGCUCCCCUCCUGGGGAGGCAAAGACAUAUAUUUAUUCUGCAUGAAACCGUGCUGUAUAGUCUUGCUGGAAUCUAAUAAAACCGGUCCCUCUGGCUCAA